AUGGAAAUAGGAGGAUCUCUUAUGAGAAUAUUCAAAUGGUCACGGGAUUUUGACCCAAAUGAAGAGACUUCUCUUGCUCCUGUUUGGGUUCUGCUACCAGGAUUGAAAUUCCAUCUCUUCAAAUGGGAAUACUUGAGGCAAAUACUCACCCCAAUUGGAAUACCUCUGAAGGAGGAUUCUGCCACAACAGAGGAUGAUGGGGUUGGAAAAAAAGGAUAUGAGCAGAAAUUGGAGUAUGAAGGGGUUCCUGCAUUUUGUAAAUCUUGUAGAAUGCAGGGGCAUGAAAUUACCAAAUGCAAAGUGGAAGCCAGAAAGAAGGAUCAAAAAGAGUUAAAGAAAGAACCACAAAAAGAAGGCAACAAAAGGGAUCGUCAGAACAACAAGCAGGCUAACAAAAACAAGAAUAAGCAGACUCAAAAUCACAACAACUAUGAUGCAAAUCAGAAUACAAAAGAGGACAACAACAAGAAUAAAACCAACAAGAAGUCCAAGACCAAUGUCAAGCAGAUACCUACCAAUAACUUCAUGACACAGUUGGUAUGGGCUAAACAAAGAUUGAAGCAAACUCCUGAGGAGAAGAACAGAAAAGGCAGCAAGAAGGACAAUGACAAAGACACUAAGGAAAAAAUUAUUGUUGGCAAGGCUGUAAACAUAGACACCAGCAAUAAUGACACCAAGAGAAAAGAUGAUGCAAAGGUAAAUCAGGACAAAGACAGGAAAAGAUACAAUCAACAUGAGGACCAACACAGUAAAUCAGGCCCUGAUUUACAAAAGGAUACAUCAGCUAUGAGUGGACAACUGUUUGUAGACCUGGGUCCUGUGGAGAUUCCAGGGGAACACAGCUCCAAAAACAGACAUGGGCCAAACUUAGAACAAGGGUACAGCAGCAACAACACUAUCAUGCAAGAAGGGGAGGAAGACUCUUCUGAGGAUGAACUAGAAAAUCCUGAAUACAAAGAUGAAGAAGAGGACAGGGAAGAAGGAUCCUCAGAUGAAGAGGUGGCAGAGUGUCUUAUCAAGACAUUUGCUCCCAAAAAACAAGAUGAAGAAGAUCCUGUUACUCAAGAGAUCACUAAAGUUGUCUCUAGACAAGGCCUUUCACCAAGAGGGCAAAGGAAAAUAAAAAAGAAGCAAAAAAGGAAGGGGUCUGAACAGCCUUCCUUAAGCUUACAAUUUUAA